UUAAGUAUCAUUAUUGAUCUUUCCUCUAUCGAUAUAUGACACAGUUAGAAGUUGUGUCAUAAGUGGGAAGGUGUCAGGAGGUGUUUAGUAUAGCAAGGUGUAAUGUGUCAACUUGCUCCUGUCGUCUGCUGCGUGUUGCCUCUCUCCUCAGUAUGGCUCUGGCAGUGGUGGGUGAAGGGUGUACAUCAACGAGCUCUUGGAUAAUCUACUGUACCAUCACAUAAGUUGUGAAUGCUCAGUUGGACCAAGGAAACAAUGACGUCACUAUGAGCCAAGAGGGAGGACGCGGGGUCAUGACAAUCACUUAGGACAAUGACUCGAGAUACGAACUUAAGUGAAAUGUUAUUGACUUAAGUGUUUGUUAAGAUUAUUUAUAAUUUGUGAAGAAAUAAUUGUUAAUGUUAAUGUUAUUGCAAGUUAUUUCAAUGGUUUGGAUGCCAGCCAAUCACAGCACAUCAUUGCCUAGACGACAGCCAAUUGCGGACUCCCGUUGCUUGGAGGACAGCCAAUCACAGAUCACCAUCAUCCUGACCCCAACCAUACAGUGACCAUUGCAAUCAACCAAUCACAGCCCACCACUGUACGGAGGACAGCCAAUCAGAGACCGCCAUGGCCUGAAAGGGAACCAAUCACAGCUCAGGACAAACACGACGUUACCCAAGGAAACGUCAUAACCUAACCUAAUCUAACCCAACCUGACCUAACAUGUUGCUGACGUGUUGAGGUGACCUUGGCGUGGUGACCUGACCCCACAAAAGGUCACAGAGGCAACAGAUGACCCGAACAAGACCUAUCUUGGUAUUACGGCACUGUUACUGGUGUACGGCAGGUCAGCGGGCGGGGUUGGAGUGCAGCGGUGGGCGGUGCGGGCGUGGGAUGACGUUUUUCACCAUGAUGCGGGCGUGGGCGUCCUCACGAACCAUGAUGGGCGGCGUGAUGGUGGGCGUGUUGGUGCUGCUACUGUUCAUCAAGUUACUUGUUGCUGGUCGACUGCCCCCGAGUCUUCCAGCAGUCGUGGCAGAUUAUGAAGACCAUUUCGCUAUUGAUGUGGUGAUGGGAGUCGAAGGAGGGGGCUGGAGAUCUGCCACCUGUACCCCACACACCAGUACUCCACCUUUCCCCGUCAGGUUACCCAAGUUUACCGCUACACCGUCAGAUAAAAAUGUUUUCUUCUUGGAGACGACAUGUGCUUCUGCUCUCAAUGCUAAGAUGGCGUGUGCGUUGGAAAGUGUGGCUAUCCAUCAUCCGGAUCACCAAGUUCACCUGGCUCUCACAUCCAGCCAUGUAAGUGGGACGGAUGCCAUCAUCCACACCCUCACGACCUACAGCAACAUACACAUCUCAACGCUCGAUGUGGAUGACGCCCUGGAGGGAAGUGGACGGCUGAGCAAGUGGCUACGCGGAAUGGAAUGGGCACGAAGUGAAUGGGCAGGUAUCAACCUAUCAGACGCGUUGAGGCUAGGCGUGGUGUGCUCAGUGGGCGGGACAUAUCUAGACAUGGAUAUGUGGAUAGUCGCCCCUCUGCCGAACACCGAGUCUUGGAUUGGCCGAGAACGCUGGGAUCAACUAUCAAACGGUGCCUUUAAGAUUCCCAAAGACCAUUGGAUUUGCGAUGAAGCUAUCAGGGAAUUGACCGAACACUUCCAAGGUAACGUCUGGGGGCACAAUGGUCCAGGCGUGUUCCAGAGGGUAGUGAGGAAGGCGUGUAACAUGCAGAAUAUAUCAGACGUGCAUCAGUGUAAAGAUCUGGUAAUGGUUGCUCCCUCCACCUUCUACCCCUUACACUGGAAGCGGUGGGAGGAACUGUUCGCCCCCAGUGGUAGUAACUCCUGGAGAUGGCCACCAGAUACCAUAGGCAUCCACCUCUGGAACAAAUUCAGCAGUGGGGCGCCGCUUCACCCCGGCGAUGGCUCUAUAGUCGACGUGGCCUCCCAGCAGAACUGUCCCAAGGUCUACGACACCGUCAGACAGAUCAGGAAGUUGCGAGAUCAUUUACAGAGGAGAAAGAUGCGUAAGGUGUCUUCUGGACAGGGUAGAGAUGUGCAGGAAGACCGCCGGGAUGUGUAGUUAGGGGCGAAGCUUCUCGUCUGGUUCGUGUGACCUUGACCUGUCAGAUAGAUAGUCUUCAUUAGAUGGAACUGUUACAUAAAACACACCUCAUUCUACGGCCCCUCCCCCCCCCUCCCCUAUGACCCGUUAGAUGGAAAAAUUGACCGUAAUUUAGACCCCCCACGGAAUAACUACUACAAGUGCUCGGAUGUACAGAAUGCCAUCCAACCAGUUACCUCGGUGAAGAAAAAAAAAAACCUCCGCAUCAUCUCGGAACCUUGGGAUGAAACCUCCACCAUCGGUAAUAUACAACUCCUCACCUUAGCCGUCGUCCUGGUCUAAUCCCCUACCCCACCCAUCCCCCCACCCCCACGUGCUCAGUGUUCCGCUCACAACAAGAAUCAGGACUUUGUUUUUCAUUAGACGUAAAAACAAUUAAAAACACAUUCUUCGUAAAUCCUUUUUCGGAAUCCUGGGACUGCCUGGGGAAUAUCCACUCUGGAUUAUAUCAACCUAAAGAUUAAAACCACCCUAAUGGUUAGACCUAUCCUAACCUAUCCUACCCUAACACUAACUUAAUCCAUCCUUUCUUAUCCUAACAUACCCUUAUAAAUACUCACAAGGUGAUUAAUCUACAGGUAAAAUAAUCCGGGAUGGAUAUCGACUCCUCAAAUAAUCCGAAUCGUGAAAUUAGGAUAAAUCUUCACGACGAUAAUCCAACCUCCUCGGCCCCCUGAUAAUCACCUUAGAAACUAAUAAUUGCUCUAUGUGGCAUCAGAGAGCAUGUGUAUAAUUCCUACGAUAACUCCAUUGUAAUUAUCACGCCUUAGUUCACUAGCAGGCUGGUGAAGGCUCUAUUAUAUUCUUCGGCAAUAUGGAUGAUGAUUAUUUUAAGGAACACCAUAUGAUCUCAUUACCAAAGUUUACGAGAUAAUUCGCGUCCAAGUCACGUACUGGACUAUUUAAUUUUGUGUGUGUUGUACAGGUAUCGUUCAUUGUGUCUCGCCUUCAUCGACCUGACCUGACCUGACCUUAAAAUGUGUGACAUCUACUAGUCAUUGUAACAUCACUAUUAUCCUCACAAUGACCUGACUUGACCUGACUGUGUUACAUUAACUAGUCAUUGUAACAUUACUAUUAUCCUCACAAUGACCUGACUUGACCUGACUGUGUUACAUUAACUAGUCAUUGAAAUAUAACUACAGCAUUAUCCACACACUGACCUGACAUGACUUCUGAGACAACAUGAGUAUUCUAUUGUUCGACACAUUCAAUACAGUGUUUAGAUAUUUGACACCAUCGCGACACCGCCUCUGACUCACGCCCGACGCAACACGACAAGACUCACUGAAGCUCAUUACUCCCCCUCAUAAUUCAUCGUUGUUUUGUUUAGGGUCGUUAAGACGUGAAAUGCGUUAGUAGUAUUAUAUUGGCUGCCUGCCCUGAUAUGUGGACAAUAUAAUUUUGUCUUCCAGAAACUAGCGACCUUACAUAAAGGUCUCGGAAGAGGUAGGCGUUAGUUGGUGCUAUGGUAUGCGGUAUGAGGUGAUAUUUACACCAUAGUCUCAAGUGUGAGGUUUGUAUUUACACUAUCGACUGCGUUCUACAAUAUGGCCAGUGCUUCGGAACGUGUAAUAUGAGAAUUCUCCGGGUGAUUUGCUGUCAUAUAGUUAGAUUGGGUUAAGUUGGGGUAGUUAAGAUUAGAAUAGGUUAAGUUGGGUUAGAUUAGUUUAGAUUAAGUUUGCCCAAAUUCCCCUGAAGACAAACCUAUCCCUGUAGGCCGCACACUGUUGCAGCACAGAACUAAACCGUAUGUGUGCAAUACCGAAGGUCUCUUGUACCGCAAAAAACGACUGAGUGGGGCGGUGAGUGGCGUUGCUUCCUCGUACGUGUUCCAGUUAGAGAGUCGCCGACGAUUAGAUUAAAGCGAUUAAUUGUACGUACUUAAAAACAGACGCUUGAAUCUCGCAGGGUUACUUAAUUGUAGACGUUAUAGGCGGUUUAGUGCAUUGAAGUGUUGUCGUCGUCGUUGUUCCAUUGUGGAUUGUUGUUAGUAGUGGGUAGUUAGUUCAUCGUUACGCAGUAUUAAACAGUGGCGUAGUUCAGGCCGCGAUUUGAUGAUGAACGAGGCCAUUUGAUUUGCAGUUUUAGCCCUAUUGGACCACCUAAUGAUUAGCUCCCCCCCCGAAGUGCUCCUCUGAAGUCCUCCCCCUCCCCCCCCCCCAGCUAGAUUAUCCUGAAAGUUAACUACCCUGAAACUAUCUGGAGGGGAGGGUGGUUAAUGUUCAGGUGAUCCACGAGACUAAAAUUACAAAUAGUCUCUCGAGAUCUAAACUCCGCCACUGAUCUCAAUAAAACAGUAUAAGCCAUAUGACUGAGUAUUUAAACCACUUUAAGCCAUGUGACUGAGUAUUUAAACCACUUUAAGCCAUAUGACUGAGUAUUUAAACCACUUUAAGCCAUAUGACUGAGUAUUUAAACCACUUUAAGCCAUAUGACUGAGUAUUUAAACCACUUUAAGCCAUAUGACUGAGUAUUUAAACCACUUUAAGCCAUGUGACUGAGUAUUUAAACCACUUUAAGCCAGUGACUGAGUAUUUAAACCACUUUAAGCCAUAUGACUGAGUAUUUAAACCACUUUAAGCCAUGUGACUGAGUAUUUAAACCACUUUAAGCCAUGUGACUGAGUAUUUAAACCACUUUAAGCCAUAUGACUGAGUAUUUAAACCACUUUAAGCCAUAUGACUGAGUAUUUAAACCACUUUAAGCCAUGUGACUGAGUAUUUAAACCACUUUAAGCCAUAUGACUGAGUAUUUAAACCACUUUAAGCCAUAUGACUGAGUAUUUAAACCACUUCAGAAUUUAUCUCGACGCAACUCAAAUAAUGGAGCAUCAUCUUACUGUAUAAUUAUUUUGGUGAUUAACGCACAAAUGUAAUAUAUACCGUAAGGAAUAUUAAAAGACGAUUAAUAAAAAAAGUAUAUAUUUAUAUCUUAAGGAGAAUUUUUUAUUUAUUUAUUUGAUGGAGGUUUUUCGGUAUGAUUUCUGUGUAAAUUGUUGUCGUUUUUGGUCAUUGUAUCUGAACUACGCAGAACUAGAAUUGAAUUUAGACCUUAACUAUUAUUACAGCAAUACAAAAUAGUUAUGUAUUAUGUACUAUAAGUUCCUGUAUUUUUUGUAGCUUGGCCACUAAUUGUUUCAUAAAAAAACACGACCACUAGAUACAAGGUUACAGUCAAAAUGCCCUGAACACUUGACGAUAUCUGGUAUUUAUUUCAGGCUUGUGUACUAUAUUGGCUCUCACUGACUAUUACAAGACUAGAAGAAUAAUCAGAGAAAGCCAACACUAAAAUUCCGUUCCAAUUAAGCUCCGUUGGAUACGUAAAUCCCAGAUAAACUUUACUGCCAAGUGUCUGAGGAUUUUGGUUUGUAACUCUUAUAGAUCAAAUCGUAUAUCAAGGAAUUUUAUCGAUAUAUCAUAAAUAAUGUGUAUUUGUGGUGUUUUAGGGAAAAUUUGUUAGUUUGUCUGUAUUUUAUAUAAGUUAAGGAAUGAGCAGUUAGAGUACAUGUCCUAGAGUACAUGUCCUAAAGUACAUGUCCCCGUGAUUGAAGGUGUCCUCAGUUUUGGACUAAAGUCAAGGAUACACACGUUGGUACAAAUUGUUGAUGGUCUUGGUAUAAAAUCGUACAAUCACUCUGGUAAGAUAUAAAAUUGUUCAUGAUAUUUAAAAUCGUACAAUCACACACAAGUAAUUGGUACAAAUUGUUGAUGGUCUUGGUAUCAAAUUGUACAAUCAUUGGUGACAUUCUUAUAAAAAUUACUUCUCAGAGAACAGAUAUUUUACUAUUUUUGUCAACUUUUAUUUCAUCACAUACAAUAAUAUAUUCAGUUUACCUAGAUUACAAUACAGUACUACUUAAUAAGGAUUCUUGUAUAUGUUAGCAGGAGAUAAAUAGCUUGUCUAAUUAACAUAAUAAUAAUGUUAAAUUUGUGUGCCCAUGUUAAUUUGUUAAAUAUAUUUGGAUUAAGUACUGUAGGUUUAAUUUGUCAUGUCAAGGGGUCUAGUUUGUCAUGUCAAGGGGUUUGUAUAGGAUAGUGAGGAACGAAGAUUCUUAAGCAGUGUUGUGUGUAGAGUGUGUGGAGCAUUAGAGGAAUGUGUAAAGCAUUAUAUAUAAGGAUUCCCAUUUUCUAUAACAAUUCCCAUUUUCUAUGAUACAAGUUUCCUCUUUUUCGAUGAUAGAAGUUCGUCAUUUUCCAUGAUAAGUUUCCUCUUUUUCGAUGAUAGUAGUUUGUUGUUUUCUAUGAUAAAAGUGGUACUGGUAUAUUGUUUCUGAAGAUAAGUUGAGUUCUGUGUAAGUUCACAAUAUAAGAAAAAUAAAAAUAGUUAGUUUA